UUAUUGAAAUGGACUCUGAUAAUCAAUCAAACAAAGAUAAAGAUGAAGGGCAAGAUCAUCAAAUAGUUGAAACCCCACAGGUAGAAGAAAAUCAUGAGAAAAUGCCUAUUUCUAUCCAAGCUGAAGGGAUAACUCUCCCUGUAAAUAAUUCUUCACCUAAGUCUGAGCAUUCUGAAAAGCCUAAAAUAAAACUUCCUGUUAAUUCAGAGUCUUCUCUACCUAACGAGGAUGAAAAGAAUGAAAAAUCUCCAAUAGAGAUAAAAGAGCAUAAACCGUCUAAUAAAAAGAAUGAAGAGGUCAAAGAAAUCUCAGUCAAGGAAAUCCCUGUCAAAAAAUCCAAAAUUCCAGAAGAGACUCCAGAUGGGCCUUCAAAGAUAAAGGGAGAACCUCUAAAAAUUGAAAAAGACAAAAAGGAAGAUUCUAAACCUCAAAAUCCUGAUACUCAGACUAUUAAAAAGACUCCCAAAGAGAUUUCCAAAGAAGCUCCCAACGAAGAUUCCAAAGAAGUUCCAAAAGAAGUUAAAAACGAGGUUAAAAACGAGGCCCCUCAAAAACCCGUUAUUAAGCCAAAACAUGCUCCAAAACUCCAAAAUCCUCCCCCACAAAAGCAAAAUGAGGAGGAGAAAAUCCCAAAACCUUCCAAGAAGAAAACUCAAAACCUAAAAAUUGUCAAAAAGCCUGAAAAGAAAGUAGAUGAUCGGAAGGAAGCUUUUAAAGCAUUGAACUCCUUAAUGAAAUCAAAGUAUGAAUCUCUCCAAAAUGAUCCGAUCUUAGGUCAAUUUAGCAGUUAA